UACAAUGGCAGCAACUGCCCGGCGAAUACCGAUGGGUGUGCGGACAUUCAGUGAGUUUUUGGAGAUUGCUGUAGGCUCUGGGCGCUCACCAUGUCACACCGCGGGGUCAAGAGAACAUAUGAGACAGACUAUCAGACACUUGUCAUCAUGUGGUAUUGUAAUGACUAGGACUCCCAGAGUGCUUUGCCAUCAGCAGAAUUGGGACACAAUGACAUCAGUUCCCCACAGCAGAACCUUCAUGGGGUUCACAAAUAAGAGAAAGGAGUACUCCGAGCGGAGGAUACUGGGGUACUCUAUGCUGGAGAUGUAUGAUGUGGUAGCCAACGUGGAUGACUACAAACUCUUUGUCCCCUGGUGUAAGAAGUCCCAGACCAUCAUGAAGAGGGCAGGCCACUCCAAAGCUCAGCUAGAGGUGGGAUUCCCACCCAUCGUAGAGCGAUACACAUCCAUGAUCAGCGUGGUGCGACCCCACAUGGUCAAAGCGGUGUGCACAGAUGGAACACUUUUUAACCACCUGGAGACGAUAUGGCGCUUCAGUCCUGGAAUCCCUGGUUAUCCCCGCACCUGCACUGUGGACGUUUCGAUCUCGUUUGAGUUCCGCUCCUUGCUCCACUCUCAGUUAGCAACUGUGUUUUUUGACGAGGUGGUAAAGAAAAAUGUGUCUGCCUUCGAGCGCCGGGCCGGCACGCUCUACGGCCCACAGACUCGCGUCCCACGGGAGUUAAUGUUCCAUGAGGUACACCAAACGUGAGGUCCAUCUGCCAUUGUGUGCCCUUGUCCCAAAACAGCCUGCACCUUCACCCUGGCUGUCCCCUGUAUCACCUAGAUGGACCUGCAUGACACUACACCACCAACCACCUCCAUUGCCACCCAGGUGCAAUUAGCCUGGUCCCAGAACUGUUUGUGCCAUCUUGCCAACUCCUAGGGUCACACUGGCGUGAGACAGCACUUCUGAGAUCUUGGACCAUCUGGGACCAGGCUAAGAUGCCACUUUGUGCAACCUCACAUCGAAGAGUAAGGACCAAGCAACCAGCUAAACACCCUUCACAACUAGUUGAAAGUCCCAUAUCUUAGCCUGGAUCAUGUCUUGUAAAAAUCUGCCAUCUACCUCCUCACAAGGGUUGCUCUUCAAUGUUGCAUUGGUGCUUGUGCACAAUUUAAAUAGAAGAAUCCUUCUUCCAAAUCUAGUUGUAAAACAAAAAAGCCACUACACAUAUUGAAACAGAUUUAAUGUAUUGCUGUGUAAGCGUGAGUGAACAGGACACAAUAUUGAGUCAACCAAUGACAUGGACCAUUUUGAGUCUGUCAUACAGUAUGUCUGUUGAUGCUUCAGAUGGUUGAAGAAUGGAUGCUGGUGCACUCCACUUACCUGCCACAUUAAAGUCGUACAUUCAUGUCAAA